AUGCAUCACACGACACUUUCCACUCUUGCAAUGGCCCUGCUGGCGACCCUUCCAGGCGCCCAGGCUGGCCUUUACACAAAGAAGUCUCCUGUGUUGCAGGUGGAUGCGAAGGACUAUGACAGAGUGAUCGCCAAAAGCAAUUACACCUCGAUUGUUGAGUUCUAUGCUCCAUGGUGCGGCCACUGUCAGAACCUCAAGCCAGCUUACGAGAAGGUCGCCAAGAACCUCGCAGGUCUUGCCAAGGUGGCCGCCGUCAAUUGCGACGAUGAUGCCAAUAAACCGUUCUGCGGGUCAAUGGGGGUCCAGGGCUUCCCGACUCUAAAAAUUGUUCGGCCCAAAAAGGGUGGGGGAAAGCCAAUUAUCACAGAUUACCAGGGCCCGCGCACAGCAACAGCCAUUGUCGAUGCCGUUGUUCAGCAGAUCAACAAUUAUGUUGUCAGAAUUGAGGACAAGAGCCUUGACAAGUUCCUGAGCGAUAAAAAUGAGACAGCCAAGGCGAUCCUUUUCACAGAGAAGGGCACUACCUCGGCUCUUCUCAAGAGCCUUGCCAUCGAUUUUUCCGAUGUCAUCACGAUUGGACAGGUCAGAAACAAGGAGACGAGAGCGGUCGAGACGUUCGGCAUUAGCAAGUUUCCUACAUUUAUCCUCCUUCCUGGUGGAGAUGCCCCUGGCAUCGUGUAUGACGGCGAGAUGAAGAAGGAGGCUCUGGUCAAGUUCCUCUCUCAAGCCGGUCAGCCCAACCCAGACUGCCCUCCACCCAAGGCCAAGAGCAACGGUGAUAAGAAGGAUAAGAAGAGUGCCAAGACAUCAGAGCAGAAGUCUUCUACCAAAUCCAAGACCUCGACUGCUAGCGCCGAGUCAAAGGUUGAAUCUACAACGCAGGAAGCUCCCGUCAUUGUCGAGACAGCUCUUCCAAUCCCCGCCAUCAAUACCCAUGAAAAGCUAGUGAAGGAGUGCUUGAAUGAGCAAGCGCAUACCUGUGUUCUCGCCUUCGUCUCAUCAAGUGAGGACGAAAAAGCCAGAAAGGCACUUUCCAGCCUUUCUCAGUUAGCUCACAAGCACGCACAGAGCAAGCGCAAGCUGUUCCCAUUCUUCGAAGUCCCUACUAAAGACAACGAAGGUGCUGCUUCAGUCCUCAAGGCACUCGAGCUAACUGGAGACGUUGAGCUUGUUGCUGUGAAUGCGCGCCGGGGUUGGUGGCGUCACUAUGAGGCUGGCGAUUUUAACCACAAGAGUAUUGAAAGCUGGAUUGAUGCCAUCCGCAUGAGCGAGGGCACCAAGAAGAAGCUGCCAGAAGGUAUUAUCGCUGCCGCUGCCGAGAAGCCCUCGUCAUCAUCUUUGGCCGCGACAUCCGAGUCCACACCGCAGCCUGCCGAGGACAGCAGCAGCACUGAAACCGCCGGAACUGCCGGAAGCUCUACCGAGGCUAUGUCAACCGAAUCCGCAUCCUCCACUGCUGAGCCCGAGAAAGUCGAAGAGCACGAUGAGCUCUAA